GGCUACUAUGUCUACACUUCAUCCAAAAAGUUGAUAGAAGAUUUGUCUCUUAUCUAAUAUUCAAAGGCGUGUGCACAUGUCCAAUAGGGGGGUUGCACAUGCACUCAUGAUCUUUUCAAAAAAAUAAUACAUUUCUUCACUAAUUUUCACAUGCAUCUAUUGCAGUUUUUUAAGUUUAUACUAAUUGUACUAUUUUGUGCACUAAAUAAAAAGUAGGCAACACCUUGAGGCCAAAGUGUAUCCAUUGUCCAUCCCUCUGACUAGGACACUUACAACCAAACGAAUUUAGCCUCUUUAUAUAUAGAUGUAUUUUUAUCCUCUCUGUCUUGUCUACAGAGGAACUAAAGUGAAUUGAGUCAGAAAAAAGAAAGAGGGUAACAUGGAUGCUUGUUUUCUUACCUCAAGAUCAAUCUCUGGUGUUAAAGAUAUUGUCCCGUUCACCAAAGCCAGAAUCUAUUCUUGCCCCAAGAGAAGCUCCGGCAAGUUCCUCACCAGGAAGGUUGCUGCUCCCAUCUCUGUAAAAUGUUCUGUUUCGGAUUCAUGGAAGCCAUUGGAGAGUGAUACUGAUCUCAUCAAGGAUUGUGUCAACAAAUCUAAAGCAGAUGCUGACUGGAAAGAGUUCAGAGCGAGGCUCGUGGCUGGGGAGCAAGCUGCAACCUCCGACAUGGUGGUGGACUGUUCAUCAUCAACGUCCUCACGGAUCACUCUUGGAGACAAAUGGGCACACAAGAUCAGCGAGGCAGAGCCAGGAUGUCUCCUAGUUGCCACUGAGAAGCUAGACGGAGUCCAUAUCUAUGAAAAGACUGUGGUUCUUAUCCUCUCUGUUGGACCCUCAGAUACUAUAGGAGUCAUCCUCAACCGUCCAUCGCUGAUGUCAAUCAAAGGGACAAAGUCAACUGUCUUAGACAAGGCGGGAACGUUUUCAGACAAGAGACUCUUCUUUGGUGGACCUUUGGAAGAAAGGUUGUUCUUGGUGAGUCCAAGAAACGGCGAAGACAACGAGGUUGAGAAGAGUGGGGUGUUCAGACAAGUCAUGAAAGGAUUGUACUAUGGGACGAGGGAGAGUGUAGGAUUGGCUGCAGAGAUGGUGAAGAGGAAGUUGGUGGGAAGAAGUGAGGUAAGGAUCUUUAAUGGGUACUGUAGUUGGGAAAAUGAGCAGUUGAAAGCAGAUGUGUUGAGAGGGUAUUGGACAGUGGCUGCAUGUAGCUCAAGUGUUGUUGAGCUUGGUUCAGCUGUUCAAAGUCAUGGUCUUUGGGAUGAGGUUGUUGGGCUUAUUGGCCCUCAAAGUGGCUCUGCUAUCUAAACUGUGUUUAAUGUAAUGAGUUUCUAACUAGUAGUUUAUGUCAGUGAGUCAUGACUAUAUUGUGUAUGUUUUAUUAGGGUAUGUAUUGAGGAUUCAUCACUAAUUUAUGAGGUGUUUUUGUAACA